AGGAGCUUCGAGCUCCACAUGCGUGAAGUCCUUGAACCCACUAUAUGAAGCUUGGGUUACAACAUAUCAACUUCUAUUAGGGUGGUUAUACAAUUCAAUGACUUCUGAAGUUGCUGUACAGCUGAUGGGGUACGAGAGUGCUAAAAGUCUUUGGGAUGCCAUACACUCGUUGUUUGGAGUUCAGUCGAGGGGAGAAGAAGACUAUCUUCGCCAAAUUUUCCAAUAGACAUGCAAAGGUACUCCUUGGACUGGAUGAGGAGUACAAUCCAGUGGUUGUCGUUAUUCAAAGCAAGCCAGAGAUAUCUUGGUUGGAUAUGCAAUUUGAACUACUGUCAUUCGAGAAGAGGUUGGAACAUCAGAACAUUUCAAAAGUCACUACAACAUUUGCUCACAAUGCCUCGACCAAUGUUGCUUACAAUCACAACAACUCUUCAUACAAAGCCCCUGGACAAAGAAACACACAAGAAGGUAAAAAGCAACAAUUUAAUGGAUCCAGAGGAAACAACAACAGUGGAGGAAACAUAGGAAGAGGUCGAAGUAGAGGAAAUAGGCCUACAUGUCAGGUUUACUCCAAGUAUGGACACACUGCAAAUGUGUGCUACUAGAGAUACAACCGAGAGUUUGUCCCAAAUCAAAAUAGUGGUAAAUGAAACACUCAGAAUCAAGGCAACCAUGGGGCAAAUCCCUCAGCAUUUGUCACCUCACAGAACCUGAAUCCUUUUCUUCAAACCAAAUCAUCAGGGAACUUUAAUUAGUAUGCAAAUAUUGGAUUAACCAACCAUGUGACAACAGAUCCUAACAAUAUAGAAAAUCCCUCUGAGUACACAGGUAACGAACAAAUUAUAGUAGGGAAUGGACAACAGUUAGAUAUAUCUUCAAUAGGAAAUACAUGUUUAAGUUUCUCUAGUUGCAAUUUGAAUUUGAAAAACAUACUAUGUGUACCAAAUAUUGCAAAGAAUCUGGUUAGCAUAUCAAAACUGGUUUAAUAAUGAUAUUUCUAUUGAGUUCUAUAAUGAUUGUUGUGUUGUUAAGGACAAAUGUUCAGGACAACUACUGGUGAAAGGAACUCUUAAAGACGGGCUAUAUCAGCUAAAUGAAGCAGAGAUUAUUCCAGUUCAUGUAAAUAUCAAAGAGACAAGCUGUUUUCUCAACCCAAUGAACAAAAAUAACAA